CGUUAAGUUCAUAAAAACACGCGCGAUGCGCGGCCAAGUUAAUUAAGCUUUAAUUGGACGCUAUUCCCCAGCGAAGUUUCGAUCCCACGCUUUAAUCCCCGAGAUACGUAAUGUCGAUAAUUGAGAACUGCGCAAAGGGACAGGCAAUUUUCACGGAAGUCGACUCGAGAAAUAACCGCGUUCGAAAUAAUCGUAGGUAAAACGGAACAAGUUCUUCUUCGCGUCCGCAAGGGCCGCAUGCGAUCCCCGAGUACGCUCGCGGUAUUUACAAUCUUCGCGAUUUUAUCGCCGACACUUCCGACACCCAUCUUCCCAGGUGAGCCCUUUCCUGCCGCGCAGUAAUCUCCAAAGAAAUCUGUCUCCCUCGACAAUACUUGAAUUCGUCACGCAAUUAUCUCUCCGCUGCCGCGAGCCCCCGCCAGCUCUUAUUAGCAAACUGCAUUAGCAAACUACAUCAGCAAACUGUAUUAGCAAACUGCAUCAGUCUUGUGCAUUGCACGACGAGACGAGACGGGACGACAAGGGCUCCGAACGAAAGAAUAAAUUGCGAAGCGACACGAAUGCAAAUUGUACGCACCUGCGCGUGCGAACCGCACGUUAUCGCUCGUGAGUCCGAUUAUCGUCGCGGAAGGAACACGAUGUCGUGGAACGAGGAACGGAAGCAACCGCAAAUGUGGCCACGUCGCCGCUCGCCUUCGCUCCACGGAUUAUUCGAGCCGGCCUGAGUAACAGCGCGUCAACGCGAUGCGACGUUUGCUCCGGGUGCACCUGACGGCAAUUCUCCUUCGUAUUCGGACUUUUUCCUGAUCAAUCAAUUAACUAAUAACAAGCGAGACGAUUGGUAGGUCGGGUAUUGUGUCGCGGAGGAACGUCAAGGUGAUCGACCAUAAUCCGAAUCCAAAUCGUCGAAUGUCAAUCACGGAAGGAAGAUAGUUUCAGUGGAAACGAGGACCAAGUGGGCGACGAACAAGUGGGCGUCUGACGUUGUAAAUUCACGCUUAUCGCGACACGCGAUCGCAAGUGCUCAGCUGGACAAUCGUGUGGAACAAACGGAGCGGCAUCGAUGAACCUCGCUCUUCGAAAACUGCGUACGAUCGGUCAGACGGUAAUUAAAUCACAGCUGGUAGAACGGGACUGCAGAGCGAAAACGGUGGAAAUAAAGUGGCUGAUGAAAUUGCAGUUAAUAAAACGGGACUCUAGUGCGAGAAAGAAAGAGAGAGAGAAAGAAAGAGAGAGAGAGAGAGAGAGAGAGAGAGAGAGAGAGAGAGAGAGAGUCGUUCCGCUUAACGUGAUCGAAAGGUGCGGUAGAGGAGAGGAGUAAAGAGGGAGACGAGAGGGAUCGGACGUCACGAAUGCGUUGACGUGGAGAUGAUGUCGAGGAGGCGCGGGAACGCAUCCAACGUGCCGGUUAAGGACUCCGUUGUCGAGCUGCGCACGCGGAUGGCCCGUAUGCUGUCCAUCGUCGAGAUUACCUCGCAGAGGAAUAAUCCGAUGUCGGGCCAAGAUCCGAAGUGGCAGAAAGAUGCCGCGGAUCAAAACUUCGACUAUAUGUUCAAGUUAUUGAUAAUCGGCAACUCGUCAGUCGGAAAAACAUCUUUCCUGUUUCGAUACGCGGACGACUCCUUCACCUCGGCUUUCGUGUCGACCGUAGGAAUCGACUUUAAAGUGAAGACCGUCUUCAGACACGACAAGAGAGUAAAGUUACAGAUCUGGGACACGGCAGGUCAGGAAAGAUACAGGACAAUCACGACGGCCUACUACAGAGGCGCGAUGGGUUUUAUCCUAAUGUACGACAUCACAAACGAGGAAUCCUUCAACUCGGUCCAAGACUGGGUUACGCAAAUAAAAACCUACUCGUGGGACAAUGCCCAGGUAAUCCUUGUCGGCAACAAGUGCGACAUGGAAGAGGAGAGAGUGAUCAGCUCCGAGAGGGGUAGACAGUUGGCGGAGCAAUUAGGCGUGCGAUUCUUCGAGACAUCCGCCAAGGAAAACAUUAACGUCAAGGCGGUGUUCGAGCAGCUAGUGGACAUAAUAUGCGACAAGAUGAGCGAAUCCUUGGACAAUGAUCCGACCCUGGUGGCGGGCGGUAUGACCCAGAACAAGGGUCAACGACUCACCGACCAGCCAACCAAUCCAACACACACCAACUGUAAUUGCUAAAAACGCUGCGACACGUAGAAGAGAUGA